UGCGCCCGCCACGGCUGUUUUGCGCCUCAUUCCGUUGUGGAUUUUCAAAAGGGCGAACGGCAAAUGAAUAUGGACUACGCCCUAUGUCACGCGUUAAGCCACCACACCGAUGGGCUCAGCCAAGCUUUUACAUUUUAUGACAUUAAUUGUCAAUACAACAAACACUUCUGGCAUCGGGUGAACAAGAGCCUUCAUUUGAGCAUCCCUUCUGGAAUGGAAAUCAUACCAGGCAUUGGCCUCUGGCAUGUUCAUGGACACCAAGACAAAUGCUAUGUUAGGUAUGCAUCAACAUUUAUUACCGGUGCCGCUAGGAUCGACGGCGAAAAUCAUGGAGACGUUGUGGGCACCUCUGAAUAUUAUAUCUCCUGCCAGCGAGAGGGAUGUCCACUCCCCAUCGGCAAGAGUGUCUCGAUUACCAGAUGA